GUGGGGAGCUCCUGUACGAACGCCAUUGAUCCGAGGAUGUGUGGCUAUACAAACACGUCUCGAACCGCUCCGGACCGCCAACAACCACAGUCCUACCCGUACAUCCUUUCGUGUUUCGCUAUAGCUCGAUGCGUACCACACACAGAUACAGUACGCUAGCAUUGGUUCCAGCUCAGUGCGACACGCCACCAUGUCCGUCUUAUCGAGCUCCGUGAAGCUCCCGACCACGAGAAACGCCCUACUAUCACUCCCGCCUUCAAUACGAUCCGCAGUAUACGCAGCCGCUCAGACACGAUGGCAGUCUACGAUACAGCCCAAAGAGCACCCGCGAACAGCCAUCUUCUUCCCCGGGCAAGGUGUACAACGCGUGGGCAUGACAGCGGACUGGAUAGAGGCAUUUCCUCGAACAGUCAAGCCUCUGUUAGAGCAGAUGGAUGAGACACUGAAGCAGCCUCUGUCGAGGAUUAUAGAAGAGGGGCCGAACAGUAAAUUGACAGCGACGGAGAAUGCACAGCCGGCGAUUAUGUGGACAUCAUUGAUUGUGCUGCGAGUGCUGGAGCAGGAAUUUGGCUUCAAACUUACUGAUCGCGUGGAUGUGACCCUGGGUCAUUCACUGGGCGAGUUCGCUGCGCUGGUCGCAGGCGGCUAUCUACGUGAUCUGGACGCGCUCAAGCUGGUGAGACGAAGAGCAGAGAGCAUGGCGAAGUGCAGCAAGGAAGCGAAAGAGGAGGUGGGCAUGAUUGCACUGGUAUGCGAGGCAGAUCGAUUGCAAGGCAUGGUGGAAGCUAUACACAGCUUCCUGGGACACACAUCAGAAGGCGCGAAGACGGACAGUCAUUCGGACACCGAUCUGCCACCUGUACAACAGGUCCUGAUCGCGAACGUCAACUCAAAGAACCAGAUCGUGCUGUCUGGUGGCAUUAAGAGAAUCAACGAAUUGAUGACACAUCUUAGGCAGUUCGGAGGACACGAUCCCAGAGCUGUGCGGCUGAGCUCUGACAGCCCUUUCCACAGCCCGCUCAUGAAGCCGGCAGCGGAGCUCAUGAAGAAGCUCCUGUAUCAGCCUUCGCCUACACACAAAGACCAGGACUUCGUUGUAUGGCCGGGCUUGAUGCCUUGCAUCAGCAAUGUGUCUGCUAGGCCCUUUCAGAACAAGGACCAGCUCAAGGAUCUGCUUGCAAGGCAGUGUGUGGAAACUGUUCUCUGGCAUGACAGCAUUGUGUACCUGCAUCAAGAGGAGAAGGUCAAACGAUGGAUAGGAAUUGGGCCUGGCAAAGUUGGUCGCAACUUGGUCGGCAAGGAAGUCGGUAUGCGCGGCGCUGUUCGUGGCGGGGGAGUGUGGGGAGUCACCUCACCCAAGGAGAUUGAGGAGUUUCUCCGCGACUUCGAUUCGACCGAGAACAUGCAGGAGGAGUAGGAUCCGUGAGCGGCUCUGGUUUACCAUACUAAUGCCACCUCACAAAGUCAGCAUAGAUGCGGUCAGUCAACGAUCGAGCACAGAUGCUCUUCUGGCCACAGAAACGAUCGUUGAUGAGAGGUUGGGAGUCCAAGGUUCAUGCACACAGCAGUGCAUCUGGACGGAAGCAAAGAACGUGGCUCCACAGACCACGGCUUGUGUCGAAGACUUUUCUAGGCGGAGUUGCGAUGUACAGCCAAGACACAACGCGCAGCGAGAGUAGUCAAUACCGCCUGUCAUGGCACAGAUUGUCGGCGGCCUCUGCGGACUCGGAGUCUCGCAUCAACUUCCUCAUUUUCCCGAAUGCAGUUCGUGAAUUCGCGCUGGCAGAUGGAGCCCGCGUUCUCUCAUCCCACAUCCGCCGAUCUCGGGCUCAUCAAGCAUCGAUGGAGCAGAAAGCUUGGCUUCCCUGCAUUGCGACGCCGGCGC